AUGGCUGAGGACCAGCCAGCCUCCAUCAGCCAGCCAGCGGCCGUGGAGACGCGUGUGUGCGAGACGGACGGUUGCAGCAGUGAGGCCAAGCUCCAGUGUCCCACCUGCAUCAAGCUGGGCAUACAGGGCUCGUACUUCUGCUCGCAAGAUGAAAAGGCCAAGCGAGAAUCUGUGUCUCCCUGGACUGUGGAGGGUGAUAUCAACACUGACCCAUGGGCAGGUUAUCGAUAUACUGGUAAACUCAGACCACAUUAUCCACUGAUGCCAACAAGGCCAGUGCCAAGUUAUAUUCAAAGAGCAGAUUAUGCUGAUCACCCUUUAGGAAUGUCUGAAUCUGAGCAGGCUCUUAAAGGUACUUCUCAAAUUAAGUUACUCUCAUCUGAAGAUAUAGAAGGGAUGCGGCUCGUAUGUAGGCUUGCCAGAGAAGUACUGGACAUUGCUGCUGGGAUGAUUAAACCAGGUGUAACUACUGAAGAAAUAGAUCAUGCUGUACACUUAGCAUGCAUUGCAAGAAAUUGCUAUCCUUCUCCCCUGAAUUAUUAUAAUUUCCCAAAGUCUUGUUGUACUUCAGUGAAUGAAGUGAUCUGCCAUGGAAUUCCAGACAGACGGCCCUUGCAAGAAGGUGAUAUUGUUAAUGUGGACAUCACUCUUUAUCGCAAUGGUUAUCAUGGGGACCUGAAUGAGACGUUUUUUGUUGGAGACGUGGAUGAGGGAGCUCGGAAACUGGUUCAGACCACGUAUGAGUGCCUGAUGCAAGCCAUUGAUGCAGUGAAACCUGGUGUUCGAUACAGAGAAUUGGGAAACAUUAUUCAGAAGCAUGCCCAAGCAAAUGGAUUUUCAGUUGUUCGAAGCUAUUGUGGGCAUGGAAUCCACAAGCUUUUUCAUACGGCCCCCAAUGUACCCCACUAUGCCAAAAAUAAAGCAGUUGGAGUGAUGAAGCCUGGCCACGUAUUUACAAUUGAGCCAAUGAUUUGUGAAGGCGGAUGGCAGGAUGAAACCUGGCCGGAUGGCUGGACAGCAGUGACGAGAGAUGGGAAACGGUCUGCCCAGUUCGAGCACACCCUGCUGGUCACGGACACUGGCUGCGAAAUCCUAACCCGGCGACUCGAUAGCGCGCGGCCUCACUUCAUGUCCCAAUUUUAAUUUCUCCCGAGAUGGCGCAUCUCAGUGAUACCUUCUGUCUGUACUCUGCAUUUUAUUGAGAGUACAGGAUGGAAGAGGAAAUUUUUUAUAACUUGUUUUGUUUCGACUAUAGAUAAGGAAGGACUACAGCAUUUGAUGUGUGUCCUCAAGAA